AUCUUUUUCGUUCUACUCUACGUAUUAUAUUUCAGUAUCGACGGGACCCAGUCCAACUCCGACUCCGUGGCCAUCCAACUUCUUUCCGUUUUCUUCUUCUUCUUCUUCUUCUUUUUCAGUUCUUGCCUGUUGUUUGGCGAUAUUGUUUCCUUUAAUAUGGAGUGGUUCGUGGGGAUGAAUUCUGAUCAAUCUUCGACUUCUUAUUACAACGUUCUCGGUGUCGAUAAGAAUUCUUCUGUCACCGACAUACGGAAUGCGUACAGGAGGCUUGCGAUGCAAUGGCAUCCGGACCGGUGGACGAGAACCCCAUCGCUGUUAGGAGAAGCCAAGCGCAAAUUCCAACAAAUCCAGGAGGCUUAUUCCGUGCUAUCGGAUGAGGGGAAAAGAACAAUGUACGAUGCCGCUCUCUGCUAUGACCCAGAUGAUGAAACAGAAGAUGAGGGACUUACCGAUUUCGUGCAGGAGAUGCUCUCGCUCAUGGCCAACGUCGGGAGAGAGGAGAAAUAUUACAGCAUGAGCGAACUCCAGCAGAUGUUCCUGGAGAUGGCCCAGGGGUUCGAGUUCGGCGGAAUCAAGAAUCCACCUCAGAGGGUGGUGGUAUUAGAUGAGCCCUCCUCCUCAAGAGCCUCAAAGUGGGAAUCAGCAGAAAGACCCACUCUGGAAACGGAUUCCCCGUCCCAGUCCCAAAUCCAAGUCCCAGGCCUGGAGAUGUUUGGAAGAACCAGCCUCUGCAAUUGAUUGAUUUUUCAUGAAGAGGAAGAGGAGACCUCCUUUUGGUUGAUUGCAGAGAGCUUUACCUUAGGAAAGGCCGAUUUAUGGGAUGGGGUUGGAUGUGUAAUAGAGUGAUGAUCCGAAGAAUUUUAUGCUGGUUGGGCGCAGUUGGAUUCGAACAAGCAAGAGAGACGCAUUGAUUUGUUUUACAAAGGAUCGCACGAGUUGCUCAACUGUUGAUGUAACCCAUUUCUAUGUCAGUUCAUAUCUGCUUCCACAAAAUAUUAAAACCUGCAAAUUAAGUGCUCUGUUUUUUUA